AUGGCGGAGCCCACUGGCGCCAACUUAGAGUCCCGGUGCUGGACCGACCUCCCACUGCCCUGCUGGCGCCUGCUCAUGACGCACCUCCACUCACAGCGCUCCCUGUCGAGCUGCGGCGCCGCCUGCAAGGGCUUCGCGCGCGUCGCGGAUGAGCUCGCCACAGAUCUCAGGGGGGUCAGAGCCGCAGAUCUGACGCGCGCGCUCGCGCGGUUCGACCGGGCGACCAGCGUGGCCAUCGACCUGGCUGGAGAGCUGGAGCCAGCGCAUCAGGCGAGGGAAGGCUGCACCGCUUCGGAUCAGGGAGGAGGCCCCGAGGUGGAUGCCGACGACUUUGAGUGGUUACUGGCGGCCGGCAUUUUGGUCUACGAGCUCCGCGCUGUGCCGCCCCUGGCUGCGGCCCGCAUCGCGCGGCUGUCGGUGUCCCACUACCCUGCCCACAUCGCUGACGACCUCACCUCGAGCCUCGAGUUUGCCGCGCCUGCCUGGCAGCGGCUGGCGCGCCUGGAGCUCGAGUUCAUCUCAACUAUCGACCGCGUCAGGGUUGAAUGGCGCCCCAUUGUUCGCGCCGCGGGCGCGCUGCCGGGCUUGCGCAGCCUGCAGCUUGCGGGAGCCAUCUCUUACUUACCAGAUCACAUGUCCGACGGUCUCUCGCUGGGCGGCCUGCAGGAUCUUGAGAUUCUGUGGCCGCCUCCUUACUGCUGGGCGCCGGCGUACGGGCUCCACCUGCCCCAGCUGCCGGACCUGUCGAGGCUGUCGGUGUCGCGGUCGCCCAGUCUGAAUGUGGUGUCUGUAAAUCACCUCACCAGCCUCAGGGAGCUGUGCAUCAGUGACGUCUCAGACUUGCAUUACGUCAUUGGAUUGGCGGCGCUGUCGGCGCUGACCUCCCUCAGCCUCCACGCCUGCCCCGACGCCGUCGGCCACGCCGCCGCCUGGCCGCCUACAACGCUGGCAGCGCUGACUCAGCUGCGGGCCCUCGAGCUGACCGGGACCAAGACGCUCGAGAGGCUGCCGGAGGGGGUGUCUGCGCUCACCGCUCUGACGAGCUUGGUGGUGGACGUGCGCAUGCGCGACAGGGGCCCAGAAGGCCCCGAGCCCCAGGACUUUGCGCCACUGGGCCGCGGCGGCGGUGGCGACGCGGGGCUGCUGCGGUGCUUUGGCCUGCGGCGGCUGGUGGUGCGGGGGUUCAACGGGCCACUGCACGUGCCAGAGGGGAUGGAGCGGUUUUCGCUGCUGGAGGAGCUGGACUUUGGUGGCUGCCAGGAAGUGUGGAACCUCGGCCCCUGGCUGCUGCGCCUGCCGGCCCUCAAGCGCCUCGUCGUGCCGCGCCGCUCUGUGCAGCAGGGCGUGUUUGAGGCGCUCGCCCUGAGGAACGACCCCCACCAUGUGGAGGUGGUGGAGGAGGGCGGCCAGGACGACUGA